CCCCACUUUAGUUUUUUUUCAAGUGAAGCAGAGCCAACUACUCUGCUGGACUGGAUUGCGGUGGUGGUGGUGGUGAAGCGCAAUCAUGGAGUUCGACGUCCCAAAAUUCCUGUAUUUUCAUAUCUCUUUGCUUAUUCUCGUAGCAUCGUCGACCAUUGAAGCUUCAGACUUAUCAUCUUUGUCAUCUUCAGCAGCAGAAAUCAUAUCGAGGUUCCAGCAGUACCUUCAAAUCAACACUGCCCAACCUGCCCCAAAUUACUAUGAAGCCGCCGAUUUCCUCGUCGCCCAAGCAAAAUCCCUCUCCCUCGAAUCUCAGACUAUCGAGUUCGUCAAAGGGAAGCCCAUGGUGUUGCUAAAAUGGCCGGGCGCUCACCCUGAUCUUCCUGCCAUUCUUCUCUACUCCCACACCGAUGUUGUUCCGUCUGAGCUUCACAAAUGGAUGUACGACCCCUUCAGUGCUCAUAUUGACCAUAACGGCCACAUAUACGCCCGAGGCUCCCAGGAUAUGAAGUGCGUCGGGAUGCAGUACCUCGAAGCUGUUCGCCGCUUGAAGGCUUCUGGGUUUCAGCCUCUUCGAUCUAUCUACUUGUCUUUUUCUCCUGAUGAGGAGAUUGGUGGGCAUGAUGGUGCAGGGAAAUUUGUUGAAUCUGAGUUCCUUAAGAAUUUGAAUAUCGGUGUAGUGCUUGAUGAAGGACUGGCUUCUCCGAACGAGAAUUACAGGGUAUUCUACGGUGAGAGGAGCCCCUGGUGGCUGGUAAUAAAGGCUACUGGAGCACCAGGGCAUGGGGCAAAGCUUUAUGAUAAUUCUGCCAUGGAGAAUCUGUUGAAGAGUCUGGAAAGUAUAAGAAGGUUUCGUGCUUCGCAGUUUGAUUUGAUCAAGACAGGUUUAAAGGCUGAAGGCGAGGCAGUUUCAGUUAAUAUGGCCUAUUUAAAGGGUGGAACACCAUCUCCAACUGGUUUUGUCAUGAACUUGCAACCAUCAGAGGCAGAAGCUGGGUUCGAUAUUAGGGUGCCACCAACUGCUGAUCCUGAAUCAUUGGAGAGACGGAUUGCUGAAGAAUGGGCACCUGCUUCACGUAAUAUGACAUUCUGGUUCGUGCAGAAAGCACCUGUGGAUGAUGAGUCUGGGAACCCAAUCAUCACAAGGACUGACAGUUCCAAUCCUUGGUGGGGCCUGCUUGAGGAUGCCAUCCGAAAGGCUGGUGGAAAACUUCAGAAACCUGAGAUCUUUCCAGCUGCAACAGAUUCCCGCUACUUUCGACGACAGGGAUUGCCUGCAAUUGGAUUCUCACCCAUGGCAAACACCCCGAUUCUUCUUCAUGACCACAAUGAGUUUCUGAACCGAGACGUGUACUUGAAGGGGGUUGAGAUAUAUGAGUCAAUAAUUAAGGCUUAUGCAUCUUACGUGGGGGAUGGAGGAAAUAGAGAAUCCAGAGACGAGUUGUGAGCAAGUUAUGUGGCCUGUUUUCCCUUUUGACUUCUGAGAUGCGUUCCCUUCCCCCUCCCCCCCAUCAGAUUGUAAUAUCAUGACCAUAUGGGCCUUGAGUAGGUUCUGAUGUGUAACAAUAAUGAAUGGGAGCAAGGCAGGGACUAGGGUUUGGACCACAAUUUGCUACAAGGUACUCAAACCCUUAUCUGGAUGUUUUUAUAAAUAAAUGUUGUGUGCAUGAAAUUGUGAGAGGGGACAUCUUGGCUUGG